AUGGCAAAACUCCUAUCUUUACUCACCUUUCUUUCUCGCUGUCGUGACCACAACAUAAUCCCGAAAUUUCUAAAACUCAAAGACCAGUUUUCCCCUUUCUCAUCAAGAAAAAUUCUGACCAAAGCCAGCAUGUCCCUCCUACGCGAACGCAUUUGUGCCACUAGACAAGAUCUUGAUCUCGUGUCCAGAGACCUCCUUAAACUUCAUUUAGAACUUCUAUAUCCCCCUUCCACUGGUUUCUUUGAUCGAAGUACCUACAUCCAAUCUCAAAAAACUCUAGACCAAAAGAAACAAGUCAGUCCCUUGCUCCAAAACCAAAAAAUCGUACACAACCUGCUACUAAAACGGUCGUCAAUUUGUUACCCCCUUUCCGAAUCAGAGAACACACUUUUGUCAAAAGGUCUUAAUUUUGCCAUCGCUCCUAAGACAAUUCCAACUAAGGAAAUUAUUAGUGCUGUCGAAAUUUUCAUUAGAAAUCUGCCAAGAAAAACCGCAGACUCUAUUCACUUCGAGACAGCCAAAAUCCUGCACUUAGCGCGUCCUCCAAAACCCAAUCUGUCCAAAGAAGAAAGGACUGCUCUCACUUCUCUUAAAACUAAUACUGAUCUAGUCAUCCUGCUCGCGGAAAAAGGCAAUGCCACAGUCAUUCUGCACAAAACACGUCGACAAAAUGCACUCCUUGUUAGAAGACGGUUCCUAUUCUAUUCUUCCUCGCGACCCAACUUCCCACAUUGA